GCCCGACGUCCUUGCGCGAGCAACCGACAACCGGCCAAAAUAGUCAAGGGCCCUUCACAAAUUGCUGGUUUUGCCGCACCUCUGGGCAUUCAUUCAUCUUCCUCUCCUUCUGGCCUCCCUGUCGCCGUCGUCGAUCAAGAAGACAACCACAAAGACGUCUUGAUGCAACAAACAACGCUACCCUAGAUCCUUUCUAUUAUCUAUAUUGUUUCUGGCUUGAAUGUCUAUUUGUCAUCUUUCUCAAGUCAACGAGCAUAACUCAUAACAACAACAACACAAAUCAUCAUCAAUCAGUUCAUUCAUUAUCUCGGGAAAAAUGAAGCCAUCAGAGGGAUCCACCAGCACCGCCAACAACGCUUGCAGCAGUACGGUUAGCAGUAGCAAUAGCAACAGCAGCACUAUUGCUGUUAAGACAGACGAUAGUAGCAAACCCAAGGGGGAUACAGCAAAGCCAACCGUGCCUCCCAGCAACAGCAACAGCAACAACAACAAGCCAAAGGAAGUUAUUCGUGUUAAGGAAGAACACAGGGAUGACACGAACAAAGAUGGGGGAGUGGCAGCACCAAUUGCAGGGGAACACAGCCACAGUCACGGCGUACCAACGCGAGAACCUUCGCGAGACCCUGCGCCAUCAUCGAAGCGAUCGUCCAAGUCCAAGAAGAGCUCUUCAUCUUCGGGUAGCAGCAGUCGUAACACCGCGAGAUAUCCUCAUGAACGAUACCCCUAUCCGAGCAGAGGACCCUACUCGGCACCGGGAAUGCACGGAGGACCGAGAGGCCCACCUCCGCCUCCUCACUAUGGGUAUCCAGGUGGCCCUCCACCUGAUCAUUACAGGGGUCCACCCCCGCCGCCCCAUUUUCAUCAGAUGCCUCCCUUGCAUCAUCAGGGAGGACACUAUGGGGGGCCACCAGGCCCAAAUGGACAUUAUGGACCACCGCCUCCACCCAGCAUGGGCGGGAGGCAUCCAGGAGCAGGUUAUGGCGUGCCUUAUGGUCACUACAUGAGUGGCCCUCCUAUGCCAUACCACGCUGUACCACCUUAUCCAGGAAGCAACCCAUCAAUACCAAUGAAUGAAAACAACUCUAUUUCUUCCAACAAGAGCAAAUCCAGUGCACCAGAUAGAAAAUCCAAGUCACAAAGCUCCAAGAGCGGAGGACGAAAGAAGAGGACAAUAGAUGGUGUGCAUGAAAUUGGUCCGCACCAUCACCACCACCACCAUCAUCACCAUCCUCAAGAUCUGCCGUCCGCAUAUUCCUUUCGUCGUACCAAUAGCUCAGCUAGUUCCAGUACGACAGUGACGGCAGGUAACAACACCAGCUCCGAAACAAAUGCGACUUCUAAUGACGAUAAUAUGAAACGUGAUCGAAUGCACGAACUUCCGCCUCUCUCUCACCCGUCUCACAAUGCUAGCUUCGAAGAGGGUAGCCGACGCUUCGCUCCGCAUCACCGUAGAGAUCACUCGGGUGCAUCCACCACGUCCAGCUUGAGUGUGGGUGGGUUCUCUCUCUCAUCCCAUGAUCGUGGGGCAGGAAGCAUGGAUCAUCCGAUGGGAUCACAUGAUGACGCACCCAUGAUGAAGCAAUCGCCCAAGCGAAGAAAGGGAGAGGAUUCCAAAGUAUUGGUUGUCGACACUGGAAACUGCAGCAGCAACAACAAUAGCAGCAGCAGCAUUGCUCGACACCAACGACCACAAUCGUCGUCUUCGCACUCCAUUGAUGGCACCGAGACCACUCGUUUCGAGCAACUGACAAUGGAAGAUCGCGAGUCAAGACAAAGCAUUGAUGGUGCAAGUCAAGCAAGCGGUGGAGAGAACGGUUCUUCUCUGUUCCUUUCUUUGUCUACUUCGCCAAUAAAUCAUGCAACAGAUAUUGAUGCUACCCCGAUCAGCAAGAACACCAAGAAAACGCCUGCAGCCAAGUCAUCCUCCUCCAAGCAUGAUCCAGAGCCCAACGAAGAGCCAUCGUCUUCGUACAUGAAACAGCAUGCUUCUGUUGCUCGAAAGCCUAGCGCAGACGGCAACUCCAAGAUGAUGGAUCGGCCAACAGAUACACCUACGCCACCUCUUCCCGGUGGCAUGGUGGAGAGCGAGAUGAUGACAGACGAGCAUUCCAUGCUUAAUCGACACCUGCGUGGUCAGUCGUUCACUCCUCUCAACCACAUGGGCGCACUUGGUGACAGUACCAGCGCCGCCGAGUCCCCGUCGAACAUGGGUGCCUUUGGAUCCAUUGCGCCACAAUUGUCGUGGAGCAUUGCUGGAGAUACACCCUCUCUGGGUGAUCUCGCAGAGUGGGAAGAACAUGCGACUUCUUCCAGCGGUGGCCAACUCAAAGAUGAAAAGAAACGGCCCAACUCUACAACUUCUUGCAAUUCCCGAAACAUGGCAAUUAGUCCUCAUUCAUUCUCAAUGUGGAACGAGGACGAAAACAUUAAGAGUCAAAGAAGUGGAGAUGCGGACAGCAUCCGAUUAUCCAUUCUUACCCCGCACUCUGAACUUGGAAUGGCGGAAGGCACAUUGAGUGGCACAACCACUCCCUUGCCCAUCUUCUUUGAUCAACCGUCUUCCGAAGAAAGGGAAAACCGAACGGAACAGUCAUCACGAUCUUCAAGAAAGAAAUCUAGCAAGAGUGGUGACCCCGAGCACAUCCACCAUAUCUUCGUAUCCAAUGGGGGCAGGGGUAGCGCUGAAAAGGGUCCAAAGGGGCAUAUGCACCACUUUUGGUCGAAGGACCAUGGCGCACCGACACCGGUUGGUUCCGGGAUGGACAGUGGGCCGCCAAUGGGUCUGCCACCCACGCCAUUGUUCGCAGCUUCCGAAUUCGGGCGCGACGACGGUUUUGUGAGGAGCCCACUUCACGGGGGAGACAGGCACAGAGACGACUUCUUCCCUUCGAGUGCCAUGUAUGGGCACCCUGGUCAUGAUCGUGUUCGCAGUUUGCGAGGACGAGUUCCUCCUGGGCACCAUCUCGCUCCUAUGCCUCUUCAUAUCCCUCCCCCAAUGUCGUCUCAUCUACCAUUGACGUCACCAAUGGGAGUCGGCCCAGGGAAGGCUGGUCUUUGGAGCCCACACCACGGAGGAAUGCCACCACUGGGAAGCCCUCUGCACAUGUCCCCAAUGAACAUGUCGCAGUCAAAGAGGAAGUGCGUUCCUUUGAAACCACCUAUUCCGUCGAAGUUCCAAGGUGACAUUGAGAAAGUCAAGACGGCUCAAGUACCCGAGUUUACCAGUCUGGUCAACUUCCCUGCACACAUGUCUCAAAAACAAGCCGUGAACCUACCCGAUGGCAUGCGCUGUUGCGUGAUGUGUGGACAAGCCUGUCCAUGCUCCUCUGGCAACAAGAACAAGAAGGGAGGAGGUCCAAAGGGUUCAAAGAACAAUGAUGGCAGCCUUGCUCCAAGAAAUAGCAACGGACAAGACAUGAUGGGAGACAAGGGCGGCUACGCAAUCAUUCCCACUCAAAACAAGGGGCUCUGUACUCUCUGCGAUGUCAAUGUAUGGGUUGUGGUCACAACAGGAUUGGAAAUCAAAUGGUGCAAAGGUUGCAAGAAUUUCCGUCCAUGGGCUGCAUUCGGUGAUAAGGGCCUUGCCACCAAGUGUCUUCGAUGCCGUGAGCGCCAACGCGAGAAGUAUGCGCUGCAAAAGGAGGAGAAGGAGAAGGCUCGUUUGGUUGCGAAAGCCGGCAAAAAAUAAAAUAGUUUUGCAACACGGCUCUCACUUGCGAUAUGGUAUCACGGCUCCAUCUUUGGCUCGGGGUCAAGUCAAGACGAAGCCUUCGAUAACGGACUAGCAUUUUCCUCAGCGAACUAUCACCAAAAUAUUAGCUGCCAUCACCAGAAUGGCAUGCAUAAUAACAAACUAAAGAACUAUAUUUGACGUUGU